GGGGAACUUCCCGAAACUUGCCCUUUCGCGCUGUCCACCUUAUCUUCUCCGUUGUGCCUCUUUGCUGGCUAAAAAAACCCUAAGAUUCCGUGUACCUCUCGCAUGUAUUAGUUGAAUGGCUUCUCCCGAGAUCGAAGUCGACUCAGAUUCCAAAACUCCGAAAAACGAAGCCCACAUCUUCGAUGUUUUCUCCGCUUGUGCCUACGGAGAUUUCCCAAAACUGCGGAAAUUUGUAGAAGAAAACUGCGCUUCUCUCUCAAAGCCUGAUGGAAAUGGGUACUAUGCUCUUCAUUGGGCUUCUCUCAAUAAUUUCCCAGAUAUCGUGCAGUACGUCAUCGAGCAUGGCGGUGAUGUGAAUGCGGUCGAUAAUUCGCAGCAGACGGCUUUGCAUUGGUCUGCGGUUCGGGGUGCGGUUUCGGUGGCGGACAUCCUUUUACAGAAUGGAGCUCGGGUGGAGGCGGCUGAUAUUAAUGGGUAUCGGGCAGUUCAUGUUGCUGCUCAAUAUGGACAAACAGCUUUCAUAAAUCACCUUGUUGCAAAGUACCAUGCAGAUUUUGAUGCACCGGAUAGAGAUGGGAGAAGUCCUCUUCAUUGGGCUGCCUAUAAAGGAUUUGCAGAUACGAUUCGAUUACUUCUUUUUAGAGAUGCAUGCCAAGGGAGAACGGAUAAAGAAGGUUGUACUCCUCUACACUGGGCGGCAUUAAGAGGAAAUGUGGAGGCAUGUGUGGUGCUUGUACAUGCGGGCACAAAGCAGGAACUAAUGGUGAAAGACAAUGCUGGAUUUACUCCUGUUGAGCUUGCAUCUGAUAAAGGUCAUCGGCAUGUUGCCUCUUCCUUUCUAAUAUUCAGCGAGCACACAGCAAACGUUGGAGAGACAAAGUUUGCAGUGGGAAAACAGGGAAUAGUAAUUAUGCUCCUGUUCUAUUUUGCAUUGCAAUAAUUGUUACUAUCCUCUUCAUCAACACAGUUCUUGUAGCUCCUAAUCUUACGAAGGUUACUGCUGUUGUUGGACUCUGGGGAUGGAUUUGUGUUUCUCUCUCUGUAUGUUCAUUGAUAAUGCUCUAUAGAUGUAGUAGUAAAGAUCCGGGUUAUAUAAAAAAAUCUGGUGGUUUGGGUAAUCACACAGAUGCGGAGGUAUGCUAUAUC